UUACAAAGUUGCAACACAGGAAGUUUGCUUUGACAGCGAAAAGCAUAAUGUGUAAGUGUAUUUUGUAGGAAGCGAUUUUCUUUUCGGCUACAAAUCCACAAGUCAGAAGACUUCACUCAAACAGACAUCUUGACAUUGAUGAUUAAACAGCAGCCAAAAUGUUCGCGGGGCUGCCUGAGCUCGGGAUCUCCAACGGCGAGGACCUGAAAGAAACUCUCACCAACUGCACAGAGCCGCUGAAAGCCAUUGAUCAGUUUCAGAUGGAAAAUGGCAUCCUGCUGCCCACCCUCCAGUCUGCUCUUCCCUUCCUCGACCUCCACGGAACGCCUCGGCUGGAGUUCCACCAGUCUGUCUUUGAUGAGCUUCGAGAAAAGCUGAUGGAGCGAGUUGCCACCAUUGCAGAGGGGAAGGACGAGGACAGAUACGGAAAGCUUGAGGAGCUGCUGGAGAAGAGCUUUCCACUUGUCAAAAUGCCAUCCAUUCAGCCAGUGGUAAUGCAGGUGCUGAAGCAUCUACCCAAGGUACCAGAUAAAAAACUGAAGAUGGUGAUGGCAGACAAGGAGCUGUACAAGGUGUGUGCUGUGGAGGUGAAAAGGCAGAUCUGGCAGGACAACCAGGCUCUGUUUGGGGAUGAAGUGUCGCCCCUCCUGAAGCAGUACAUUGUGGAGAAAGAAGCAGCUCUGUUCAGCAGUGACCUCUCCAUCCUGCACAAUUUCUUCAGCACUUCUCCCAAAACAAGACGCCAAGGCGAGGUGGUCCUUAAGCUGACCCAGAUGAUUGGAAAGAACGUGAAGCUGUACGACAUGGUGCUGCAGUUUUUACGAACACUCUUCCUGCGAACACGAAAUGUCCACUACUGCACGCUGAGAGCAGAGCUGCUGAUGUCUCUUCAUGACCUGGACAUCAGUGAGAUCUGCUCUGUAGACCCCUGCCAUAAGUUCACUUGGUGUUUAGACGCCUGCAUCCGUGAGAAGUUUGUCGAUGGCAAGCGAGCCAGAGAGCUGCAAGGUUUUCUGGAUGGAGUGAAGAAAGGACAAGAGCAAGUCCUUGGGGACCUGUCCAUGAUCCUGUGUGACCCGUUUGCUUGUAACACCCUGGUUCUGAGUAUCAUGAGGAACCUUCAAGAGCUGCUGAGUCAGGACGCGUUACCCAGGGUGAGUACACUGUAGAUGAGGACGCAGGUGACAUGUCACACAAUUGCGCUGAGUG